UGUGAUACAUAAUGAAGAUCAUAAUAAUAUCAAAUGUAAUACAUUUUAAAAUCAAGUAUAUAAGUCAACAGUUUCACGAUUUAUAUAAACUUAAACAGGAACAACCUACUAAAAAUGUGUUGUGCGGACUGAGCUAUAUUCGUUUCAGAACGAAAAAUCAGACAUUUUCGUUUCUCAAGUAAAUAAACGAGAUUUAAUAAAUUAACUUUUUUAUUAGUAUUACAAUACAUUUUCCACAAAAUAUUGCCAAAUUAGCAUAUUGUUUUAAAUUUGCUAUUAUUGUCGUGACAUUUACACUCUCAUAACUGCCAAAGACCAACGUAAUCCGUGUUCAAAGUUGCAACGUUAUGGAUCAAGAGAGGCCAGACACAAGUAGAAAUCAUGGAAAGAGGACACGACCUUUGCUACUGCAGCCGAGUCCGAAGAUCGCCAGAUUGUCAGCGCACGGGGGUGCGAGUUCGAGUAUGUUAAAGAGCCCAAAAAAGUUUGGGCCUAGUGCCCCCAAACGAGCGAAGAUUUCGUAUAACAAAAGUGAUGUGCCUGCGCCUGGAACACCUGUUCCUGAUAAACACGUCAGAAAGGCGGGUGCUUAUUUACUUGGACCCAAAUUGGGACCCAGUCCCGUGAAGAGCAUAGUACAAUGCCUCGCAAGGAAAGAGAAAACAGAUGAAUUUUAUCAGGUGAAAAUAUUAACAUUGAAAAAUGAGGGACAAAUGGAGACUCAGGAUGAUAGACAAGGAAAGAUGCUCCUGCACACAGAGUAUUCAUUGUUAUCACUGCUUAAAGACCAAGAUGGCGUUAUACACCAUCAUGGAUUGUUUAAGGAUCAUGCACUGGAAGAAGUGCCAAACCCUAACGGCCCUGGGUUUGUGUACACCGGCCGAGUGAAGCAACGUCUGUUCCUAGUGUUGGACUGCGUGACGUCACACCAGUUCAGCGAGAAGGGCAGCGAACUGAUCAACCUCCAACAAUAUGUGACUAAAGUGAAAAAGGUUCCAGAGAAAGAGGCCGUGCUUAUAUUCUAUGAUAUUGUUAGGGUUGUCGCCAAUUUACACAAGAGAAACAUAGUGCACAGGGAUUUGAAGUUGGGCAAUAUAGUGCUAAAUCAGAGGACUGGCCGCGUGAUAUUAACUAACUUCUGCCUCGGGACGCACCUGGGGAGCGAUCGGGACCUGUUAAAAGAUCAACGAGGUACGAACAUAAUUGUUUACAGGUCGCCAGCGUACAUAUCUCCUGACGUGUUGAUGUGCAAGCCGUACUUGGGCAAGCCGUCGGACAUGUGGGCUUUGGGUGUGGUCCUCUACACGAUGCUGUACGGACAGUUCCCGUUCUGCGACACCAGUCUAGCCCAAUUGUUCAGCAGGAUACAAGCUGCCAAUUAUAAUAUACCGCCAGAUGGAAAUUCGGUCCAAGUCUCGGACAAUACAGUGUUUCUCAUACAAAGACUGCUAGUGAAAGAUCCCAAACACAGAUUACUUGCCGAUGAUGUGUUGGACCAACUGUCAAGCAUCAUAGCGUCGUACGUGGUGGUCCCCAACCCGCCGGAAGAGCUGCAGGUGGUGCCGGAUGUAGCCUUAGAUGAAGACAAGGAGAAGGUUAACCAAUCACCUGAAGUGGAGAAGAAGCCGUUCAUGGCCAUACCGGAGAGUAAUGAGCGGAUGACUAACACUACGGACGAGCUCGGCGUCUACUGUGUACCCCUUCCAGACUUCCUAGCCCUAAACUUCCCAUCCCCCACACGGGUCCAACAAAACAGCAUCAUAAUCCACCCCACCCACACCAUAGACACCACGCCAACACAACGACAGAUCACCGUCCAGAGGAUCGGGAGAGACGCUCGUCCACUCCUGACGUGCGAGAUAGCGCGGUACCAACAUAUGUUCGCGUCAAACAGGGACCAAAGGCGGCCAGAGGUCCAAACCACGGUCCCGGAGAGGCAAGAGCGACCUGAGAACUCCAGGUUGCGGGCCUUAGCGCAGCGGAUGCCUAGACUGAACGCUAUAGCGACUGCCUCUAGUCCUAGCUCGUCGAGUUCUAGCGGUUCAGCGGAUAUCCGGGUGAUACCCUGGCCGGAUAGGUCCCGGUCGUGGGAUAACGAUUACGUGUUAAGGUUGCCAGUGUUGGACCUAUCGCGGGUCCAAACAAGGAUCAUGAAUCCGGCCCCGGUGCAUUCGGUUAAUCCGGAUUCCGUCGUCAAUAAUCCGAGACCUCAGAACGAUUCUGAACUUGACUACAAUUAGAUUUCAGAUCGAUGAUAGUUGGAUCGAUUUUUCAGAUAAAAGCUAUAAGUUUAAAAUAUAACAAAUUGCAGUUUUAUGAAUAAAUUAAGUCUACCGAUUGACUUCUAUAUUCAGUUAAUUAAAACAACGGCCUUAAUAACAAGGAAUUGAUAUUAAUUAGCAAACAAUAAUGAUCUUUAUAAACAUAUACGUGAAGACUCUGAAAGUUUGUUAGCCGCUAGAUGUCGCUAUCAGAUUUGUAUGUAUGUACAAAUGGCAUGCCUUAUUUUGUUUUAACUCAAGUUCCAAUGGUGUUUGUAAAUUAAAAACGCUUAAAAACUGAGCGAUAGUGUGUACCACGAAUCAUCGAUAUUCUUUGAUUCUUUAGUGGUGUUUGUCAAUUUACAACGCUUAAGAACUCAGGAAUAAUGCGUAACACUAAUUAUCGAUAUUCUAUAUAGUUACAGUCAAUCUCAAUUAGUCGAUAGAUGCCAACUAUAUUUUAAAUAUAACCAAGAUAAUACAUAUCGACGGUUUACUUAAGCGACAUUCGCGGCACUAAGUUUCAUACGUAUUGACCAAAUCCCUGCUAAUGUAUGCAAAAGAGGACAUUGCUUUGUUAUGUUACGCUGAGGUAUGAUUUUCGCCACAUACAACAAUAACCGAUGCCUAUUUUACAUAGUUGCGACGAACCGAAGUGAGUGAAAAGUGCGCAGUAUAAAGUCAACACGUUUUUCUAUGUUUUUUUAAAUUAAUAAAUUUUUUUCGAAAAAAAUGUUGCUUAUGUCAAUUAGUCUAAUCCGUCGAUGUGUUUAUUUCGGUUCAAUUAUUUAAAUUAUAAAGCAAGGUAAUCGGAAAUGCGAUAAUAAAUGGAAACAAAAUAUAUAUGUAUGCGUUGUAGGUCGGGAUUGUUUGUCUGUGUGAAGUAAAGCGAAUCAAAUCGAGAAGUGUUGCUUUGAAUUUGAUUUAUAGCUAAAAAGGCUUAAAUGCGCAUGCGUCAUAAAAAGAGAUGGAAAUAUAUUUUCCAUCUUUUUUUUCACGCACCAUCGCCAUUUUGGUAUUUAGAGCAGCGUGGCAGUAACAUGCUCUAAGAUCUAUGGCAUCCACCAUUGCCAUUUGUAGCGGCAUGGUAGAUACAUAAUCUAAGAUGCCUAUGAUAAGAUCAAUGAAAGUAAUUGUAAAGUCGUGGUGCGUGCUAUCCUUAAUUCUCAUUUGAAAGCAUUAUUUAUUGCGAGCAAUAAUCGUAUGCAAAUAUUGAACCCUGUAAGAAUACAAUGGCGAGGCAAUUCUCGCCCACAUUGACGUACAGUCUCCCACAAAAAUAGUUUAACAAAUUCAAAAUUUCAAAUUGUCUUUAAACUUUUGUGUACUCUUAGCAAUCGAUUUUUCGUUAUUUUGGAUAAAAAAGAACAUUUCAAUUGAAGUUAAUGUGUUAGCCUUUGAUGUGUCGAAUUUGUUCAGCUACUUUUGUGACUGACUGUACACAAGCCUUUGACGGAUAAUAGACGAUUAUUGCUAGAAAUAGUUGCGUAUGAUUAUUGCUAGCAAUCAUUGAUCCGUUUUAUUGAGGAUUUCACUUCAAAUGGAUAAUAACCGAUGAAUAAUAUGCCGAUUACAAAAUACAUGGGACCAAAAAUGUGUGCCACAUAUAAAGCGUGUUUCUGAAUGUCAGUUUAUACAGAGUGUUCACUUUUUGGGAUGUCGGUGACUUUUUUACCUAUUUGUAUAUUAGACUGUUUUUUUUUGUUAUGUAUUGCGCCCACAAUAGUAAUAGCAAACUUACUUGCGUAAGUAGUUGGCAUGAUUUCUUACACGAUAAAAUAUUUUAUCAAAUAAUUUUCUUUAAAUAUUUACAAUUUUAUCUUCGUUAGGUAUUUUGGAAAAUUAGCCUAACAAAUAAAUAGAAAAUAUUACUUACCCCUACGUGCGAAAACUACUCGUUUCGUUUGUUACUUAUGUUACGGGGCUAUUCAAUUAAUUCAGUAUGAAUUAAUUGAUAAACGAUCUAAAAAAAUAUUUUACACAUGGAGUCAUAAUCGAUGAAAAAAAAACCUUUCAGACUUCCCCUAUAAUGUGGCGUAUCAAAAACGUCACGAAGAUCCGUAUCGUUCAAUUGUGACGAUUGUGAUUGGUUGUGAGAGUCACGUGGUAGUCUAUCAAUCAAAAAUGAAACGACACGGACUGACGUGACGUGUUUUUUCACAUUCUAUGGAGGUUGCGCUCCAAUUAUUUUUAUAUAUUGUAACGAUUCUUUACAUAUUGCGGUCAAAAAACUCUUUUAGUAAGAGACGUUCAAGGUGUAAUUAUUAGAAUCGUUUUGUAUGGAAAACCGCUAUGCUCACGCUCUGAUAAUCGUAGCAAAGCGCAUGCCUUCGCAUGCUAUAAAAUUUAUAAGUAUAUUUAAAUACUUUAUUAAAUAUUUCCAUGAGCAUCCUUUUCUAUUUAAAAGUUUUACAAAACUAUAAUAAAAUCGGCAAAUUGAAACCGCUGGUCGGAUAAAUAUAAGAAUAAAAUUUGAACAUUACCUUAAUGGACGAAAUAGGCAAAAUAGUUUGCAUAACUAUAGGUUGGAAUAUUUGGAUAUAUUGAUUAUAUUGGGUUAUAAAAUCCAAAUACGAAAUGUCCAAAAAUGUAAUGCAGAUUUUUAUGUAGGAAAUAUUCAAUUAAAUGAAAUUCUAAAGGUUAUUACUUUCUCGCUUAAUAAUUUAGGUAUAAAACGCACCUAUUUCAAGUCCUAUUUUUUAUUACAAGUAACAUUAUUGUAAUAUGUGAGUAAAUCAAGUUUACUGUUUUAUUUUCAUUUGUGUGUUUGUAAGAUAGACAGUCAAUAUUUUAAAAAUGUAUAUUUAUCGUAUUGUUUUAUCUGGACGAUACUACGAACUUCGCCAGGUUUUCGCCAUUAUAAGUGUAAAGCGAGUUUUUAUAUCAAUUAACUGUCUCGGUGGCGUAGUUGUAAUGCGUACGCUGUACGAGUACGACUACCGCGGUGUGGUCUUGGGUUCGAAUUCCAGGUCGGGCCAAAAAUAAUUGCGACUGGGUUUUUUUUUUCUUAAAAAUGCUCAGUCGUAGCUCGGAGGAAGUUAGCGGUGUAAUACCCCAGUGCCUCUGAAAGCACGUAAAGCCGUAGGUCCUGCGCCUGAUCCCUCUCCGGUCAUGUCGGAUUGCCGUCUCACCGGACUAUGAGAGUGAAGGAACAGAGAGUGCACCUGUAUUGCGCACACUUGUGCACUAUAUCUUCUGGGUACUUGGUUGAUCUCUGUUGAGAUUGGCCGCCGUGCCCGAAAUUCGGUUAAGAGGGAUUCAUAAAUUAAUACUGUCUCCUAAGACCUUGACUAUGCGGUUAUAAAUGAACUUUGAUUCAUAAGUAUCCUACUUAUAUUUUUAAGUGCUUAAAAUAUACGAGGAAUAUUUCAGAACUGAUUUACAUAAUCAGACAUACUUAAAUGAAUGAAAAGAAUGUAAAAUAACACUACUAUUGUAAAAUAUCUAAAAUUAAAUAACUAAGAAUAAAAUUAGAAUUGUAACUGAUUAAUCAAUAUUGUAAUUAUUCAAUAAGGCAACACUGAGUGUUGACAUGGUUAUAUUUUACUUCCAAUAGAUGUCGCUUUUAUAAAAUAACGCAUUUAAACUGAUAGAAACCAAAGUCCGAUGAAGGGAUUUGAUUGCCUUUCAUAAUUUAUUAUUAUAUAUAUGUCUACUUUACGUAAUUCAAAUAGGGUUGUAAAUGUUCACUAAAUCGCAAGCAAAUUUUAACUGUAUUUAAAUUAGAUAAGAACGAUAUUUAUCAAUAAAAUUCUGUAAUAUUUCAGCUUGAUUUGUGGUGAACUUAUAGACAAACUGUUAUACACUUUAUGUAUACACAUGCGGUAUUAUUUAAGCGGCAUGUAUUGAAAGUAAUUUAUGUUAAUAAUAAAAGUCUGAUAAAAUGUAAAAUAUAUGUAAAUAUUAGUUUAUUGUUAUGUUUAGACGCAAAUUGGAUUAUUUCUUGACUCGAUCUAUUGAUUUCAUGAAGUGAAUACCGUAUUAAUUUAAGAAAAUUAUUUUAUAAAUAUUGUUUGGGAUAGAAUUUUACUAAUAUUAAUGUGAAAACAAUGUUUGGAUAUUUGUUAUAGAAGUAAACGCGGAUACCUCUGAACAGAUUUGGCAUACAUAUACCUGCUUGGAUUAGCAUGUAGGCUACUUUUGAUUCCGUUAUUUAGUCCCGUCGGAAAAGUUUUAAUUUUUAAUCUGAUUUUUAAAAUAGAUGGCGCUGGAAUCGUAUAGAUAGUGCUAUGCAUUGUUACAGUGAUUUAGGGCCUAUUGUAGCUGCAAUUUUUUUACAAGCACAAGCCGCGAGUAAUAUCUAGUUAUCUCUAAAUAUAUUCAGAGAAAGACAGUAUGCACUUGGCCGAUACAUUGUGUCCAAAUACUUAUAGUGAGCAGGUCCUGUACCGUCUACGGGGUAUAUCCGUCUUUUUGAAUUAUGGGCGUUUUUACCCAAGGAUAACUUUCAUAGCUAAAAGAGCAUAGGUAAAAGAGUAAAAAUAUUUUCUAUUUACCUAUAUGACAAUAAAGCUGUCCUAUUAGAAUGCCCGUUAUUGCAAAAAGACGGACAUACCCCCGUAGACGGAAUAGGACCCCUAACUAUAAUUUUCUUGUCAGUUGAUAUAAUUUGCUAUUUGCGUCGAAACAUAUGACGUUUAGUUUAAUAACGGUGGUCGAUUUAGGACAUAUUUGCUUCGAGAUACUUCUUCAAGAAAGGAGGACAAGAUUUUCCUAAAAAAUACAACAUAUAUUUAGCAUUAUUUCCUUAAAACCUAUAAGGAAACCAUUGCGUUAAUUGUAAGUUUUACUUACGUAAGUUACCUGCGUUCAGAGGCGGUCUUUGGGGAAGGUGAACCAGGCAACCACACUGGGCCCCGAGCUUUGUCUUGAAGGACCUUUUUUUACAAUUACAGACGAAACUUUUUUAAAUUUAAAACCGGGGUUUUUUUUUGUUUUGCUCCGUCCGGGGCCUCGUGUUGCAUUUUUUUGCUUUCGCCCCGAGCCUUGCGUCGUUUAGGGCUGCCACUGCCUACGUUAGCUGCAAGCAGGGGCGUAGCUGCCGCUGUAUCAGCCGUAUCAUUGGUACGCCCAUUAAACUAAGCAGGCGUCCAAAAAUUCGCACUGUCUUGGGGCCCCUAACAAAUUUAGAUAUAGGUCCUCUAUAGCUUACGCUACUGGCUGUAAGUAAAAAAUCUUUGUUAAUAUAAUCGAUUUACGGAAUUGUUUCAUUAGUAAAUGCUUUGAUAAAACUUAUACAUGUAAUUCCCGUCUUAAAGUCAUAUAUUGUUUAUUUGGAAAUUUCCAAGUAACGCUAAAAUCGCCUCCGUUGUUAAAUUUUUAUUUUGUAUGUUAGUCGUAUUCGGGUAUUUUUUUUACUUAUAUUUUUGUAAUACAUUUAAUGGUUAUUGUUUACGGGGUCCAUUGUUGUGACAUAAAAUUGAUAAUUUUUUUAAAUUAACAUUUUUAAGAACACAUUUCAAGAUUUUAUAAUUCGAACUUGGAUUUAAUUUUUACGAGUAAAGAGAAAAAUAUUCUAGCUUUUUUUUUUGUUUCUAAUUUAAAAAAUACUCAAAAUUAUCUUGUGGAUUUUAUAGCCGUAGUAUAAAGUUCAUAUUAAAUUUAAAUUGAACAUGUAAAAUAAACCUUAUAAAUACAUAUACCUUUGGUCGAAUUUAUGUCGCAACAUAAACUAACAUUAGGUGAUUUCAAACAAUGCAAUUAUUAUUUUUUAUUAAUAUUUUGUAUGUAAAGACGACUGUAAAGUUAUUACUUAAUUGUAUAUUAUCGUCCAUUUAAAGGUUCGUUCACACACUGCCGAUAGAUCGGUUAUAUAUUAUAACAUUUAAAUAACAAAAUUAUACGCUAAAGAAUUAUAUGAAAAGACGUGUAACUAUUAUCAUUGCAAACACUUUGCCGAGAAAAUAAAAAAAAAUGAGUAGUAUUAAGUAGUACAGACAGAGUGGUUAAUUCUCUCCAGGUAUCUCCUAAAAAAAAUUAUCAAUGUAAUAUUAACACAUAAUUUUCAUAACUAAUUGCAGCACUGAUGAAGGGUGAAAUCUUCCAAAAUUGAACUCUACACAUCAUAUAGGUACUAAUAUGCAUAAAUGCGGUCUUCGGUUUUAAAAGGAAGCCGGCAAUCUGGUUAUCGCAGUCACUGUUAAUCUAUAAUUCUAUGUAUCGGUUAGGUGUGAACGAACCGUACGUAAUCUUGUUUAUUCCUAUAUUUUUGUUUAUUAUUUCGGUGACUGUGUUAAGUCGAAUGAAUUGGUAUUAUACAGCAUAAUGUAAGUAGAACAAUUUGUUAUUUGUUAGAUGCAUGCUCGGACGUGUGUAAGCUAAUAAAAUUGUAUUUUAAA